UUUGGCUCCGCUAUCGAGGAGCGACAGAAUUGGACGUCCCGUUUGCUGGUCACAACCUCGGCGGCCGGUUUUACCGUGACCUCAUCCAGCCUAUGCACUUCAAUACUAUGGAGACUAAGCUACUUUUUCCAAAUUCGACAACAAUUUAAUUUCAACUAGGUAUAGCACCAGCCAACAUUUCAAAUGGUACCGCUUGCGUAUUCCAUAGACAGUGGUUUAUCAUCUUGGGAAGUGGGUGUGGCUGUUUAGCAGCCCGGAUACAAACCGAAAUCAAAGUUCAUGGUAGCACCUGAAAAAUAAAAUGUUCGGCGAACCAGUUCCACGCGAUUAUACUUCUCUGACAUGACAUUUUCCUAACACUCAGAAAAUUAGUUCCCAAAUUGUUUUGUAAAAUUUGUCAGAAAAUUUCAGGACAAGAUUUCACAAAAUGCUAAGAUCGUCUGAAGGACACAUUAAAUACCUGGGCAUCACAUACUAUAAAGGACUUUUUAAAGAAAAAUUGUAUCAGGUUACAAGUAGUAUGGUUAGAAACUGUACUUUGACUGCUCAGGAAUUAAAUAUACACUAUGUACAUAAAUGCCUACGCAGAAGUAAUUGUAGUUGGGGGAUGGAAACUCGACUGGUGUAAAAAUGAUGGAUGACUCUGACAAGAUAAUCUUUCACUAUUGGGUAAAGCCUUAUCCAGCGAUAUCGAUAUACGCGGCUGGGCUUAUCAAUCUCACGCAUAUAUAUUUACAUACUAGUGAACUGUGCAAUUGUCUGUGAUAUGUUUACUCAACACCCUUAAUGCUGAAAUAGGGGUUUUCAUAAACCACGGGAAAUUCAUGUCGCUUAUCGGAACAACUUCCCAGCCUUUUCAAAGUUAGGCGGAAUUACCUUACUAAACGUGACAAUAGUUAUCAUAAUAUGUGUCCAUAGAGUAUAAAAUUGGAACAUUUUCCAUCAUAACUUAUCAAACCCACACAGCAAUUCCAGCUCGAAUCGUCAUCUCAAUUUCAUCAUGAAAUCGGCAACAAUCAUCUUCCUCGGCGUCGUCGCCUUGGCUUCAGCCAUGCCCAAAUUGGACACCGCCCUUUUCCAAGCGGCCGACCCACGCUUGAUCGUAGGGGGCGUGGAAGCCAAGAAAAACGAAUUUCCCUUCAUGAUCGACGUUCGAAUUGGUGGGCGUCAUGGUUGCGGGGGGUCGAUCGUGUCCCCCGAUUGGGUCGUUACUGCGGCUCACUGCACCGGAUACGACGCCAGCAGUUACACCCUUGUCGCAGGGGAUCACAACCUGACCCUCAACGAGGGGACGGAACAAAGCCGUAGUGUCGCUGCUAUCGUGAGACAUCCAGGAUUUGACAGACCCACUAUUAUUAACAACGAUAUCGCCCUGAUGCGAGUCGACCGUCCCUUCGAAUUCAACGAGUUUGUCGGUCCAGCUGUCAUCCCGCAGCUUAACUUCGCCCCCAACAAAGUUGGCCACGGUGGCGGGAUGGGGCGCGCUGUCUUACCCGGGCGGUGCCCUCCCCGAUGUCCUCAUGAAGGUUGAAGUUCCCUACGUGGAGGACGAGCCCUGUCGAAUUGCCAACAUUGACGUUGGUGUCGUCACAGAGAGCAUGGUCUGCUACGGGAUUGUGGGAAAGGAUUCUUGCAAAGCUGAUUCCGGCGGUCCAUUGAUGUGCGGAUCGGACAAUGCGCUCUGUGGGAUCGUUUCCUGGGGCAAGGAUUGUGCCCUGGACGGGUACCCCGGAG